ACAGAUUUGACAGUAGAUUUGAGUAGAGUUGGCCUCAGUGAGCACAACCUGCUUUAUCAUUUUCACCUAAACGGUUUUAUUAACAGAAAUGUGGAGUGUAUUGGUCAGUAACAGACAGGUAAGCUGAUUGUUUUCGCUAUGGGUGGAAAGAAAAAGAAGUCUGCGGUAGAUUCCUCGAGUGGUCAACCGGCUGCUGCUUCUGGUACUGCAACCAAUGCAGAGUCUGAAUCCACCGGUAAAAAACAACAGCAGAGACCAAAUAAUGGGAAAACAACCUCCAAAGAAAACAAACCCAGAGCUCCCAAAACAUACGGUCUUAACGCGAAUGCACAGACUGACACAAGCAGUGGAUCUGAUAAGUCAAUCCUGAAAGUUGUUAUCCAACCAGAACUGGAGAAGAAGGUGAUCAAGUUGAUCAACGAUUACAGACAAGAAUAUGCAGAUAAAGGACCAAUAUCUGGGAGACUCACCUCCAAAAAGCUACUGGAUUUGUAUACAGCCCUGCAGAAGUUCCAGUUUAAGACAGAGCACAUCGAGGAGGCCAUGAAGAGCAGUGUGCUGUACGGAGGAGAUCUGCACUCUGCCCUUGACUGGCUCUGUCUCAAUCUCAGAGAUGAUGAACUACCAGACGGCUUCAGCCAGAAGAUGCAGGAGGAGAAACAGAAAACACGGCCCAAGUAUCAACCUCUUCAAGAGGAGAAGAAACAGCAGGUGAACAAAAACCAAGAGCCUAAAGAGGAGGAGAAACCAAAGGCAAAGACUCCUGUAAAAGAGGAUGGUGGCAGUAUGAAGGAGUGGAUCCUGCGCUACGCUCAGCAAUCUGAGGAUCAGAGCAGCGAUGAAGAUGAAAAGGAGGACAGAGUUCAUAACCCAGAGCUGGAGGAGAAGUUUGAUCCUAACGACAGAUACCUGCUGCUCACCGCUCAGCUCUACGACGCUAAAGAAAUGGCCACCGCAUCUAAAGCCAAGAAAGACAAAAUGGGUCAGAGAGCUGCACAGGACCGCAUCAGAGUCAUCCAGCAAGAAAUGAAGACUUUGGAGUGUCAUCCAGUGUUUAACACUGCAAUAAAAGUUAAAGACACUCCUAAAGAAGAAAAGAAAGCAGCUGUGGUCACUGAUGGCAAAGAGGAACUCAACUUUAACCUCUUUGAGCAAGCUGAAGCAGCACCAGCAGAAAAAAAUGCUGUAGUGGAGAAAAAGAAGAAGGAGCCCAAAGACAUCCGUAACUUUGACUACACGUCCAGAAGCUGGACUGGCAAAUCACCGAAACAGUUUCUGAUUGACUGGUGCAGGAAGAACCUCCCGAAGAGCCCUCCGCCAUCCUUCAACAAGGUUGCAGCUGGGAGAUAUUGGAAAUGCAAGGUUCGUAUUCAGAGGCCUAAUGAUGUUUUGGAGGUUUGUCCCACUAUCCUGACUGAAGACGGCAUGCAGGCCCAGCAUUUAGGAGCCACACUAGCACUUUAUAACCUUGUCAAAGGGCAGUCCGUUCAUCAGCUUCUACCUCCCACCUACCGUGACGUGUGGCUUGAGUGGCGAGACGGUGAACAAAAAGAAGAGGAACAAACCCUCUCAGCCAUCAACAAACCAAGAGACCAGUUCAUCUCGCGUCUGCUCACUCGCCUCAAACAGCAGCAGAGCCUCCAAUCGCAGCCAGAACCACAGAAACCGCUCCAGGACGCGGAACCAGAAGACUCCUGGGAGAACCUGGACACUCAGGAGGAGCACGAGCCCCAGCGCGGAGCUGCAUCAGGAGGACCGGCGGGCCUCAUGGUGGAGGAAGCAUCCCGGAGGCUGCUCCUCAAACUGCAGGCUUCUCCUCUGGCUCGCAGGUUACUGGAUGAAAGGAAACAGCUGCCGGUUUUUCAGCAUCGUGAGCAGGUGCUGGAGGCUCUGCGGCGCCACCGUGUGCUGGUGAUCGCUGGAGAAACCGGCAGCGGGAAGAGCACACAGAUCCCUCAGUUCAUCCUGGAGGAGCUGCUGGCCACUGGAGAUGCUGCUCAGCCCUGCAGUGUGGUAGUGACGCAGCCCAGGAGGAUUUCCGCCAUGAGUCUGGCCUGCAGGGUGUCACAGGAGCUGGGCAGUGAGGACGGACCGGGAAGCAAGAAUUCCCUAUGUGGAUACCAGAUCCGUAUGGAGAACCGCUCAAGUGAAGCCACACGACUGCUGUACUGCACCACUGGAGUUCUGCUGCGCAAACUCCAGCAGGACCGGCUCCUCAACUCCCUCACACACAUCAUCGUGGACGAGGUUCACGAGCGCAGCGUACAGUCAGACUUCCUCCUCACUAUACUAAAAGAAGUGGUUCAUAAACGUGCCGACCUGCGUCUGAUCUUGAUGAGUGCUACAGUCGACUGUCAGAAGUUUGCCAACUACUUCAACCGCUGUCCCGUGGUCUCCAUACCUGGCAGAACUUUCCCUGUGGAGGUGUUUCAUCUGGAGGACAUCGUGGAGGAGACGGGCUACGUUCUGGAGCAGGACUCUGAGUACAGUCAGAAGUUUGUGGAGGAGGAAGAGGAAAUCAACAUUGGCAUCACACAGAAAGGAGGAAAGACAGUUCAGCACCAGGAGCUGAUCGUGAGGGAUUCGUCCUCGGGCUGGGAUCUGGGCCCUGAGCUGGAUCACUUCAGCAGCCGCACACGGCACAUCCUGCAGUACAUGAACCCCAAUAAGAUUAACAUGGAUCUGAUAUUAGACCUGCUUGCAUACCUGGAUAAAUCCCCUCAGUUUCGUGUUGUGGAUGGUGCGGUUCUGGUCUUUCUCCCAGGCUUGGCUCAUAUUCAGCAGCUGCAUGAUUUACUAAGCACUGACAAGAGGUUCAGCUCAAAGGACAGAUACAAGCUUGUCGCCCUUCACUCCUCGUUGUCAUCUCAAGACCAGUCUUCUGCAUUUACAGUGCCUCCUGCUGGUGUGAGGAAGAUUGUACUGUCUACAAACAUCGCUGAGACUGGCGUCACCAUUCCAGACGUGGUCUUUGUCAUCGACACAGGAAGAACCAAAGAAAAUCGGUAUCAUGAAAGCAGCCAAAUGAGCUCUCUGGUGGAGAUGUUUGUGAGUAAAGCCAGCGCCCUCCAGAGGCAGGGGAGAGCAGGACGUGUUCGAGAGGGCUUCUGUUUCCGCCUUUACCCCAAAUUCAGAUUCGAGAGCUUCAUUGACUACUCCAUCCCUGAGAUCCUCAGAGUGCCUUUAGAGGAGCUUUGCCUUCAUAUUAUGAAGUGUGAAUACGGCUCUCCAGAGGAUUUCCUGAGCAGAUCUCUGGACGCACCGCAGCAGCAGGCCGUGUGUAAUGCUGUGAGUCUUCUCAGGAGGAUUGGAGCCUGUCAGCAGGACACACACACCCUCACACCGCUCGGACAUCACCUCGCUGCCCUGCCCGUCAACGUCAAGAUCGGCAAAAUGCUCAUCUUUGGAGCCAUCUUUGGCUGCCUGGAACCUAUAGCCACUAUAGCAGCCGCCAUGUCUGAAAAGUCUCCGUUCGCCACUCCAAUGAGCAGGAAAGAGGAGGCCAACCUAGCAAAAUCUGCACUAGCAGUCGCUAACUCCGACCACAUGACCAUCUAUAAGGCUUACCUCGGAUGGAGAAGCUCCAGGACUGAAGGGACACGAGCUGAGAUGAACUACUGCAGGAGACACUUCCUGAACCGCACCGCACUCAUCACUAUUGAGGAAGUGAAGCAGGAGCUGAUGCGGAUGGUGGAACAGGCAGGUUUCGUGUCCUCCAAACCUGGCCGGACUCCUCGUCCUCGUCCCAACACUGAACCCAAAACCUCGUUGUCGCUGUCCAUGCAGGACGUGUGUGUCCUCAAAGCGACGCUGACGGCGGGUCUGUAUGACAACGUGGGCCGAAUCCUCUACUCUCCAUCUUUGGACGUCCUGGAGCGGGUGGUGUGUGUGGUGGAGACGGCACAGGGAAAGGCCCAUGUUCACCCCUCCUCUGUCAACCGCUUCCUGCAAACCCAUGGCUGGAUGCUUUUCCAGGAAAAAGUGAAAUACUCAAAGGUGUUUCUAAAAGACACUACCCUGAUCUCUCCGUUGUCAAUGCUGCUGUUUGGUGGUGAUAUUGAUGUCCAGCACAGGGAGAGACUCAUCUCUCUGGACGGAUGGAUCUGCUUCCAGGCUCCAGUCAGAAUUGGCGUGAUCUUCAAACACCUUCGCAAACUGAUCGACUCCCUCCUGGAGAGGAAGUUGGCGAACCCCAAAAUGAAUUUAGAAGACGAGAAGACCAUACAGAUCAUCAUAGAGCUGAUCAAGUCUGAAAACAUGAUCUGAGGAAGUGCCUGUUUGUACUCAAUCGCGAGCUGAAAUGUGACAAACUUCAUUGAGGGCUGAGAGUGUAAAUUAUAUUGCCAAACCAGAAUAAACAUAUUUUAAGACAAACAAAAUGUUUGUGGUAU